AUGGUUACGAGCACGUCCUUCAUUCGCGAAAUUGUUUCGGGCAAAAAGACUGAUUGGAAAAUAUUGGUUCGGGUCAUACGUCUGUGGUUCGUACCAGAUAAGUGGAAUCCGAAAGAGAAUGCUGGCAUCGAAAUGGUUUUUAUUGACGAGGAGGGUGUGCGGAUUCAUGCUAGCAUAAAAAAAAUGCUCAUUCGCAGGUAUAAAGACUUGAUAAAAGAAGGCAGCAGCUAUAUUUUCCAAAAUUUCUUUGUGGUUGAUUCCAAUGGUGGCUUCAGAGCAACAACACAUAAGUUUAGACUAAAUUUUAUGGGAUGCACAAAAGUUAUCGAAACAUCAACCGAUAGGAUUCCAUCAACUCAUUUUCAGUUUGCUACGUUUGACACAAUCAAACAAAACGUGGAUGAGAGCUUACUGUUUGAUAUAAUUGGCCACGUCGUUGAGAAAGACCCUAUAAAGGAGAUCAAUAUAAAGGACAAGGACAAGAAAGCAAGCUUUUGGAGAUUGAAAAAUACCGUUAGAUGCACUUUGUGGGAAGCUUUUGCCGAAAGAAUGGAUGCAUAUCUUCUCAAAGAUGAUCACAAUGGACCUAUUGUGGUCAUCCUUCAAUUUUUUAGGACCAAGACUUAUUUAGGAAAAACGGGUUUAUCGAAUUCUCUUAAUGUGUCAAACAUAUUGAUCAAUCCGGAUUUGAAGGAAGUGUUAGACUACAAGGACAAAUUGGAUGCAAGUGAAGAAUCCUACGUCCCAUCGAUUAGUCAGUUAUUGUCUCAAAGUUCUUUUUCUCAAACCAGUGAUCCACUUCAGACAGAUAGGAUGACUAUUGAUGAGUGCAUUGAGGCUAAUCAAGAAUGUGUUGUAUCUGUGUUGGCAAAAGUUAUGGAUAUCGAGGGAGAUAACUGGUGGUAUCACGCAUGUAGCAAGUGUAGUAGGAAGAUUGAGCCUUCAUUAUCAUUAAAGAGGUAUUUUUGCGGAAGGUGCAAAAAAACUCUUCCUGCUGUACCAAGGUUUAGAAUACAGAUGAGUGUCAUUGACGAUACUGGGUCGGCUUCGUUUGUUAUAUUUGACCGUAUUGCCACACAAUUAAUAGGAAAAAGUGGUUUAGAUCUCCUUGAUACAUCAAACAAGGACAAUCAGAAUAGUGAUUAUCCUUCUGACAUAGAUGGUUUGAUCAAUGUAGAAAUUUUAUUCCAAGUAUCUAUCAGUGAUCGAAAUGUUGAAACUAAAUGGCCACAUUAUACAGUUAAAACCGCGACAAAUGAUGAGGGUGUUAUACAACAAUUUAGGAAUCGAUACUCUAUUAAGGAUUUGACUACUGCACUUGAUGAUCAAGUCACUCCAACGAGCAAAUCACCCAAGAAAAGAGAAUGUGUUGAUGUUGAUAUAUGUGAUUUGUCUGAUGAUGGUGCUACACUUGAUGAUGUUGAGGAACCUGAUGAACAUAAUGCUAAUAUUUCGUCAUCUGGCAUGUUCCAACCCAUUGUCGAUGACGAUGAGAUAGAACAAGUGGAAACUGGUGCGGAGCAUGCAAUUUUAUCCAAUGAAGAAUAUUGGGACAUUGGUGAUCCAAUUUGGCAAUGUGAGCAUUGUGGUGCAUUGAUGUGGUAUGCUGAAAGAUUGCAUAAACAGAAGAAUACAUCAAAUCCAAAAUUCUCAUUGUGUUGCCUUCAAGGAAAGAUAGAACUUCCAAUUCUUACAGAUCCUCCCCAGACUCUUAAAGAUCUUUUCUUCAAUAAUGAUGAUCGAAGUAAAAAAAUUCUCGAGCAUAUUCGAUCAUUUAAUAUGAUGUUUUCAUUUACUUCUAUGGGUGGAAGAAUUGAUAGGACAAUGAAUGAUGGAAAUGCUCCGCCACAGUUUAUCAUGUAUGGUGAGAAUUAUCAUAGAAUUGGAAGUUUAAUGCCAAAUCCGGGAUCGACUCCAAAAUUUGCACAGUUGUACAUAUAUGACACCCAGAAUGAAGUAUCUAAUAGAAUGCGUGUUGUCAGGUAA